AUGGAGGCCCAAGCCGCGCAGCACAGAAGCCAACAGUUGUUGACAAUAGCCAAAGCCGAUUUCGAUAGGAUGCAAGAGCAGAUGAAUAGCCUUCAGGAUUUGGUUCAGCAGCAGAGGGAGGUGAUUCAACAGCUGCAAAGCCAGAGAGUAGAGACCAAACAACCAAGUAAUGGCACGGAACAUCCGGUGAUGCAGCAAUGCACCCGGGAUAAUGCAUCGAGCAGUGCGAUGCCUCCGGGCACCAACGAGAACGAGUUGGCGGCAACGCCCCCUCCGGCAGCAACGCUCCCUGCAACCGAGGCGGAAAAUCCCAAAGUCUUCGAGGAUUCUGGUGAUUACCCACUCCUUGAUCGAAUCUUGGGUCAUCGCAUGCUUGAGCUUGCUAAGGGCACAAAGUUCUCCCUGGAUUUCCAGACGCUCCAAGAAAGUGCACAGAAGAAGGGGAAGCAGCCCAAAGGCAGGCAUUUAGUGUGGGUGGUUUUGCAAAAGUUUCGAUUGGAGAAAGAUCGGGGCACGUCGCUUACCCAGCAUCACUUGUUGUCGCUUACCGUCUCCGGGAGUGACGCCAAAGGUCUUGAUGAGUUUCGUCAGAAGUUCAACUACAUACUGGAGGCAUUGGAGGUCGAUGAACGAGUCAAAACCACAUCAGCCGGUGUAGCGUCCGUGAUGGCAGGUGCAGCCGUUGCCAUUGGCUCCUUGCCCACGUCUUCCGCCCAGACACUUUCACUUUCUGAUUGUGAUGCGUCGAACGCACCAGUCAGCAAGGUCGAUGAUGGGAUGUGUGCGCUAGGCCGUGAGGCAUCCGAUGCCCCGGCUCGCAGGGGUAAUCCAACCAAACGAGCCAACCUUAAAGGGCGUUGCAAGUCUACCGCUUUCCGUGAUGCGCGGACGUUCAUCCCCAGAGGUGUUUCGUUCACCAGAUUCUUCACAACAAUGAUGGCUGCAACUUCUUGCUUCUCUCCUUUGUCGAAUCCUCCUGCUUGUGCUGGACUGUUGGGUGACCUGGUGCCGAAAACUUCGGACAUGGAGUACUUGAUUGACUCAGGUGCCGGCCGGAACCUCAUCUCAAAGUCAAGUUUGCCGGAAGAGGCUCAAGGAUUGUUUGAGACAGCACCGGAAAAGUUGAAGUUUUCAACAGGUGGAGGGGUUAGGUCAGGACCCGAUGCGAUUAGGAUACACGGGUCAAUCACGGGAAACAAUUUGUUUUACGCCCUCAAGGACUGCCCGCCGGCGCUAAGUUUGGGGAUUCAAGUAAACGAGCACAAAAGAGCUUGGAUUUGGUUCCCAGAUCAAAUGCCGUUCUUCAUCAAGCCUGAGUGCCUUCAGGACGUUACGUUCCACUGCCCCGAAAAUGCAAAGAUCUAUGCGGAUAAGGUUGUGCAGAACGUCCCAAUCCUGAAGGAAUCAAUAACAUGCUCAGGCUUGCCCGCUUCCGCAAAAGCAGAAACCACGGGGACUUUCGCAGGACCGUUUGAGCCCGCCAGUUCCUCAAGUGAUCCUGCACCGGUAGCGUUACGAAGAAUCGCUAAAGGGAGAGGCGGUACUCGCCCCCCUGAUGCAAGCCCAGACGGAUCUUCAAGAGGAGCUCCCGUUGCCCAUUUUGGAGACGGUGAUGAGCUUGAGGAGUGCGUUGCACCCGAAAAGAUCCCAGAAGACGAGCCGUUGGACGAAGAAGAUGCGGAGGCUUAUCCGUGGACUCCUUCCUUAAGGGAAAAGUUGCAGGCCAUAGCUAAGUCCCCGGAACAUCAAAUCACACACUUUCCGAAAAACAGGUAUUGUGACAUAUGCAGGAGGGCAAAGAUGACCUCCAGAUCCCACCGCUAUCAUCAUGGAGAGGUGGACCCUGAAGAGACCCCUCCUUUGCAUUUCGGACACAAGCUUCGCGCGGACCACAUCAUUAUAAGUGAUGAGCUUUCAAAGGGUUCGGAAGGUGAACAGGCAUGUCUGAUUUGCUUUGAUGAGUUUAGCGGUUGCUUAGGUGCUUAUCCACAGACGCGCCGUACGACUCAGUCGAACGUUGCCUGUUUGCGGCACUUCGGCGGGACGCGAGCGCAUGGCAAAGCCCUCUGCCAAGUGACGUCCGACUGUGCCCCGGAGUUGACCGACGCGGUAAAGGAGUUGGGGUGGUUACCUAGUCCGGGUAUUCCGAACGACGCUUUUCAUAAUGCGAAGCUCGAAAGGGCCAUUAGGAGCAUAAAGGAAGGAACACGUUCGGUCCACCUUAGAGCUGGAUUUCCUCAUGCCCUGUGGCCGCGCUCGGUAGAAUACUUUUGCACGGCGAAAGCGUUCACGACAGAGGCUCCUGUUCACCCGAACGAAACGGAAGAGUCCGAAGCCUUCAAAAAGGGGAAGACUUGCUAUGCAGUGGGUAACAAGGGGGAUGCUUUUGAAGGGCUUAAAGUUCCUUUGGGCGCCUUGGUGUACUACAAACCUGCAAAGCACAAAGAUCUUCCUCCUUUUGAUCCCAGAACGCUCCCAGGCAUUUUCUGUGGUUGGCGCAUCGACCAUGGCUUCCGUUUCAGGGGCAUCCACCUCGUGCUUGAUUAUGAAAGUCUCCGAACAAAUCAGAAAGGUUGUGGGAGACCAAUCCAAGUUCACGAAAAAGAGUUAGUGGUCCCUGAUUCUUUUGUCUUUCCGCUCUACGAAGCCAAUGCUUUGAAGCUCACGUCUUUAAGCCCAGAGCCUUCGUUGCCAAAGAUCGAACCUGGUGAGAGCCUUCCAUUCGAAAAGGGGGCUCCAGACCCUGAAGUGAGAAAGCGUAGAACAUACGUAACUUUAGAAAGGGCGAUCAGAUUUGGCAAGACGAUGGGUUGUAGAGGAUGUGAUCGCAUAGCAGAAGGCGUGAAGCACUCGGAUGCAUGUCACGACCGUUUCGCCAAGCUUCUGGAAGACGAACGAAAGGCCAAGCUCUUAGAGGAGGAAAGAAAGGCCAAAGAAAAGAGGGAUGAAAAGCCACCUGCAGCUGAAGGAGAUGCGAUUCCUGCCGCACCCUUUGCUCGAACAGCCCAGAAACAUCUGCCGACAGAUCAGGUCCGAGAAGCCGCAGGCUCCGGUUCCAAUCAAGAUGAGCAUGAUUAUUGGUCUUUCGAUCAACAAAAAGGGGCGUGGAAAAGAGUACACGUUCGGCCUCGGAAACGACUGUUUACGCCAAUGACCAAACACCCCCCUUUUGACAUGUACACGGUUUCAGAAGGCCGUGAGACGCAGUGGAAAUGUAGGGGGAAAGUUUCUGUCUACGAAGACAAUUGGCAAAAGGGCAGUCCAAACCGUAGAAUCUCCUCAAAAAGCUGGACUGGUGUGACUUGGUUUUUCCCCAAACAACCGCUGAGACCCGAAGAAGCGGAGCUUAGAGCAGCCAUCUCGAACGCCGCAGACCAGCAGAAGCGCUUGAAGCCUCUACCAAAAGGUAUCGACGCUGUCGCUUCGAUUGUUCACUGCAUGUCGUCCGUUUCCGAGGACCCAGACGCUUUGAAGGCCCUUUCUCAACAGGUGUGCGAUGCCGCUCAAAAGGCACCACCAAGAAAGAGUGUUUCGAAGGGAAAUGGUUCGGAAACGAUGUUCGAGUUCUGCUGCGACCCAAAAUCCAUGCUAGGUCAAGUGAACGAGAAUUUAGGCAUCAAUCACUUCAGAAUAACGGCAAAGAAUUCAAACAUGGCAGACCCAGUUCACGGCGAAUCAUUGCGAGAGCUUGUUGCUCAGUUUCCAGGUUGUGACCUUUGGGGCAGCGUUCCUAACUCCCCUUGGAAGUGUUUGCAGCACGCUAGCCAAAACCUUGACAAGCCCGGCUCCAGAAAGAAGCUGAACGGCCAAAGGCGCUUAAGCAUCAGAAUGUUGAAAAACUUCAUCAAGGUUGCAGAGCAAGUCCUAAGUCAAGGGGGUACGGUUAGCUUUGAGUGGCCUAAGAACUGUAGUGGUUGGAAAACACCAUUGCUAUUGGAAUUCAUAGCCCGUCACGGUCUGUAUGAAGUGAUUACAGAAGGCUGCGCUUUCGGCAUGGAAAAUCACCUUGGAGAGCCGUUGAAGAAGUCUUGGAGAAUAGUUACGUCUUCCUUCAAGCUUGCACAAAACUUGUCUGCAAAGCGCUGCUGCCACGAGUCAGGUUUCAAGCAUGCAGAGAUCUCGGGCAAGAUAGCUUCUAGCUCUGCCCUCUACCCAGAAAGCAUGGCCAGAUGCAUAGCACAAAGCUUGUAUAGUCACAAGCUGGAUGCCCAUGUUCCUUGCAUGCCUACUGUACCCGCACCCGCAGCUACUGCAGAGCAUUUUCCCAACGAGCUCUCUUCAGAACAGGAAAAGAUUUUAGCAGGAGUUCAUAUGCUUAUCGAUAGGAAGGAUUGGCACAAACAUCCAGGCGCUCAGGAAGCAAUUGACAAAGAAGCCUCCGGGCUCUUGUCAAACGACACCUGGUCGUACGACGAGGUUGUUUCGCGUGAGGAACUGAUGAGGAGCAAGACUCCACUAAACAUCGGCCGCGUAAUGACAAUCUUAUCCAUCAAGCAUUGGGAGACCCCAGAACUUCGCAAACUGAAAGCUAGAAUCGUGUUUAGAGGUGACGAUAUAAGAGACGAAAACAACAACCUGGCCGUACUUCAGGAAUUGAAGGUGAAUCCGUCAGGCCUAACGGGCAUAAACUUCAACCUUGCAUACGGCGCCCUAAAGGGACACAAAACUACUCAAUCUGACGUAGUGAGAGCAUACACGCAGUCGUAUCUUCAGACCAAAGUUCCCACUUGGGUUGAGCUCCCACCAGAGCUCACCCCACCGGAGUUCAAGGGGGUCAGACGACCAUGCGUUCGUUUGCAGAAGUCCUUGUACGGACACCCAGAAUCCGGAUACCAUUGGGACUACAGGUUUAAACAAAUCAUGCAUAUGUUAGGAGGAAAACAUGUGGACAAUCAGCAAUCCACGUACUGGUUUGAAGAGUUAGGUCUGCUUCUCAGCCUUUACGUAGAUGAUAUCCUGCUUAGCGGUCCUGCUAAGAAUCACGCUCGGUUUUGGGACCUGCUGCAAAAGCACUUGGAGAUUGAAGAACCAUCUCCAGUGGACAGGGUCUUGGGAAGGAAGCACUUGCUCUCCCAUGAUGCUGAUUCUACCACCCUCCAACAUGACAUGAGUGAUUUUUGCCAGAAUUGCUGCGAACUCUACGAACAGUUGUCCGGGAGGAAGUUGAAAGCGGCGGCUACGCCCUUCGACUCAAACAUUCCGGUUUCUGACUUCGAAGAGAAAGGACUUCUAGCGGAAGCUGCCAGCAAAAUCCUGAUGAAAAUCCUGUGGUGUGCACGUUUGGCAAGACCAGAUUUGAUGAAGCCCAUAUCAGACUUGACGCGGAAAGUGACCUGCUGGAGUCUUGCAGAUGACAAGAAGCUGUACAAGCUAAUGUGUUACCUGCAUUACACCCCAAAGCUCAGUCUGACAUGUAAAAUCGCCGACAGUAUGGAUGACCUAAGGUUGGGUCUCUAUACUGAUGCGGAUCAUUCAUCAGAGAUAGAGCACGCCAAAAGCACAUCGGGGUCACUUCUUGUCCUGGAGGGCCCUAACUCAUGGUGGCCCCUUUCUUGGGCGAGCAAGAAGCAGACGGCAACGUCACGGAGCACGACAGAAGCAGAAAUAAUCUCGCUUGCCUCUGGCCUUUUUGGCGAAGCAAUGCCUAUGCAGGAACUGGCAGAACUCGUGUUCAAACGCGAAGUUGACCUUUACUGUUACCAGGAUAAUUCUGCCGUGAUUCAGAUAGUGCAGAGCGGAUAUAGCGCAAAGCUGAGACACGUGAGCAAAACUCAUCGGAUAAAUCUUUCCUCACUGUACGAGGUCUUCGAAGACCCGCAUACCAACCUUGGCUACAUAGCCACAGACAAACAGUGUGCAGACAUCUUCACGAAGGCCCUUCCGCCGGUCAAGUUUCCCGCAGCGCUCCAACUUUUGAAGAUGCAGCGGCUUUGA